AUGGGUGCCAAAAUAAAAGACUCGACGUCUGUCGAGAUGCACGACGUCAACGAGCCGAGACGUGCGGUGAAUCCAGAAGACGAAAAACCAUCGUCGUGGAAGGACGCGUUAUUCGGAAGACGUGCUAGGAAGUACGCCUUCAUAUUCAUCGUCGCUUUCCUGGCUGUUCUCACCGUUAAAGACGUCUUCGACCUGUUCGAGGAAUACUUCGAGUAUCCAAAAGAAUCAGACAUCAACAUUGUGUUCAAUGACUCGAUGACGAUGCCAAAUGUGACGUUCUGCAUGUCUCGAGCGCAAGCUUGGUCUCAUUUUAAGCUGAACUUGAGUGCACCAGCAGAUGAGUGGGAUGCGGUGGUUGAUGAGAGUCUAGCCAACAUGACUGAUCACGACUCUUUUAUGAAACAACCUUGGGACUACCGACUUGUAAUGGAAGCGUAUGAUAUGAUCGCCACCUACAGUAGUUUGGAAAGAGAAACCACUGCUCAUGGAUCGGCUAGAUCUAUUCAUGUGUUUAAGAACUCCCCAAGGCUCGCUGCGAAGAGAAAGACAUUCAAGAAAUGGAGGGAUAUCCUCGAUUCUCGACGAAUCACUUUCGAUGAGUUCACACAGAAGACAGGAAUCGAGGUGUUACGUCGGUCGAUGCAGAGAUUCAGAAGGCGUACAUUCGACGAUGAUGACACUGUCAUCAAGACAAAACUUCGUAUCUCUUGGAUUUCUCAGAUGCAGAUCUGCUAUCAGCCGGAAUUCGACAAGGACAACUACAAGACUAUUGACGAUCAGGGAGUCUUCUUCGAUAUGCUCCUCUCACAUAACGCUGAGAACACUGAGGAUCAAAAGAUUGAUUGUAUGUCGCUCUGCUUGGGACAACGUCACGAAGUCACCGCGCACGUCACCGCUCUCUAUCAGAUGUUGGAGAACGAUGAGCAGGGAACGAGAUGUCGUGACGUGGAGGACGGUGAGGACAGUGAAUUCAACUGUCGCUCUCGAUGCAGAAUGGAGAUGAUUCGUGACACUUGCCACUGCACUCCACUCUCAUUGAGUUAUCUGGCAAAGAAGGAGGAUAUGGAGAUCUUCCCAUUGUGUGACUACACUCAAUGCACUGUUGACGUUCAAAAGGGUAACUACUCCGACACCGAAUGCGCCAACAAAUGCUUCCCCGACUGUCGUCAAAUCCGCUUCGAAGUUGACCAUUCCGUCAAAGGACGAAUGCUUCGUCCAGAUCUGACUCUUGUCGAGCUCUCCUGGGGACCAUUCGAAUACCUUACUAUGGAGCAACAAUGGAAGUACACACCAACCACUUUCAUCGCCGCUCUCGGAGGAUCCAUCGGAAUGUGGCUGGGACUCUCGAUCUUGUCUCUUAUUCAGCUUGUCACCUAUUCCUACACAUAUUUCACCAAGAAGAUUGUGAACGAGAAGAUUCUCAAGAAGGGAAAUACUUUCGAUAGAAAGGACGAAGACGACGACGGUGACUUCUCAAUUGACAACGGAACGGAGCGAAAGAAGAUGUCGCUGGCUGAGAAUCCGUUCGCCGAGUUCUUCCCGGGAGGAUCUCCCGAACAACCGAAGAGGGGAUCGAAACCAAAUUCACGUCAAGCAUCACUUGAUAAGGACAACGGCCAAGGAUAUAGUGCAAAUCCAAAAGGUGCCCGAGCUCAAUGA